GGGAGGGUGCUGUGGAAAAUCGGGGUAAAUAGCCCGUCUUCAGAGAGAUGAGGCGGGAAGAGCAGCAUCCACGCAACCACCGUCCAAAUUUUUCUUCCUCCCUUGUUGGCAGAUGAGUUUCUCAAACGCUAAUUUAGUUAUAAAUCUUCAGGAGCAACUCGAGAUGUGCAGACUGAAGGAGCCCUCGCCAGCCGACUCAGGAAAUCCUUCCAUGCAAAAUGUCUUUGUAAUUUAAUAUUCUUUCAUAUUUCCCAGAGAUGGGGUAUGUCUGGAAAGUCGGCAGCAAAGUGGGAUAUAUCUGUCUGUUCUGAAUCUGCAUUAUGUGCUCUGCAUGUCUUAAGUAUAGGUGGCUAGAAAGCAUUUUCCAGAUGCCCGCCCUGCUCACAGAAGGUGCGUGACGACUGAGAGGUGACUUUUACCUGAUCAAGACUAAUUCAGGGCCUUCAAUUGCCUGUUACUUGAACUAGCUAGAAGUAUAAUUCUUCUCAGUUUUGGAAAUCUCUGGUGUGUUUUCUCUAGAGAAAAUUAAAGGCCAGGACCAGUCUGUGUGGAGGAAUAGGUUUCUCCAUAUGAGUGUGCAACUGGGGCCUUGCUGGGCACAGCAGGAAGGAUGUAGGAGUGUGAGUGGAUGAGAAAGGGGUAGGUAAGUGAGUUUAUGGUGAAGUAUGCCAAAUUGCAGAUUUACAAAGACUGAGGAGCUCUCAGGUACUUCUGGUGUAAUGGCAUGUGGGUAGGAGAUCGCUCUCCUAUGCCUGUGUCCCUUGUCUCCCUGCUGUGUUGUCCUUGGGGAGUUGAAGUCUUGAAUGUCCAGAGCCUCUAUGAAACCAGCUCAGAAGGAUUGUAGUGAAAAUGAUUGAGAGUUGCAAGGAACACCUUGGACACUGAUUUGGAAUCUAGAAGGGUGCCGCCAGACAAGGCGUUUAAAUCUGGCUCCGAGUCCAGGCUUAGAUAAAAUUAUUCUCUCCAGGUUUAAGGAUCAAUGGAUUGGGGCAUUCAUGAUGGACAGGGGACUAUAAGAGUGGGAUACGUUAUUCAGUUUUAACAAGGUUGUACUGAUCUAAUAAACAAAUAAAGCCAACACCAAGCAUUUAAUCUUUUUCCUUAAUCCAAACUUCAGUGGCCGUUUAGAUUUGCCUUAGAGCUGAAGCAUUCAGACUAGCUAUCAACUCUUAUUUCCUGUCAAUAAAAUAAUAUGUACUAUCAGAACUAUUAUACUUUUAACAAAUUCAGGAAGGGUUUAUCCUUAUAUUUGUUACAACAGGUACUUUUCUUCCCAAAUCAAAUGGCUAAUAUAAGUAAUUAAUUUGGUAUAGAUUCCUUAUUUUUAAUGCACUUGCAUUAACAUAAUAACUCAGAAACAAAUCCUAGAAGAUUAUCCUGUAACUAAAAAAAAAAAGAAAGUAUGUAUCAAAAACCUAUAUGAGCUGUCUUCAAUUUUAACAGAAAAAAUAAGAGAAUGUAAGUUAGUAAAAGUUACGCAAGAAAUACAUUUGAAUUUUUUUUUUUUAAAUCCUCUCUGCUGAGUUUUUUUAGGACCCAAGCAUAAAGCUAGGAAGUUGUUAGGCAGGCUUCUCUUUGGGCAGAAUUGAAGUAGUAUGGCUACCAUAUUGUAGAAAUUUCACUUAAGUCUCUGAACUUCCUGGAUUUUAAUGUUUAUUUUCAAGUAUUGUUUUAUUUUUUAUUGGAAAGCCAUACUUUGUGUAUCAUUAAUGUGACUUGCAAUGUCAUAACUUUUUUUGUGGUCUUGUGAUUACAAGUUUUUCACAAAAUGACACCAUCUUUACCUAGAAUUUUUUAUACAACAGGCCGUGAAGUAGGAAUAAGAAUGAAAAGACUGAGGGCUGCGCUUCCACAACUUGUUUUUAGUCUAAAUUAAGGACAAACAGUGCAGAGCCUUAGCAUGCACUUCUAGUCACUCAUUUUCAACUGAAGAUAAACUCUUGUGUUUUGAGGUGUAUGUGCACUGUAACUAACAUGUAGUUUAGAUGUGGCAGUUCAAAGAUUUCACUUGAAAGUGCCAGGCAAAGCUUGUUCAUUCAAUUUUAUUUGAAUAUUUAUUUGAAUUUUAUUUCAGUUAGAGCAAGUUGUUUGUGAAGCCUGACACUGGAGUACCCUUGGUUGUGGACCAAGAUCUCUAUCUUCUUGCAGACUUCAGAUAAAUGGUGAAGUUAGCUAUUAUUGUGGAGUAAAGCUUGAAGAUUUUUUUUAAUUCUCAGGAUUUCUUAUCUGUAGUAUAUCACCGAAAAAGUUCUGAAGUACAUCAGUGGAAAGCUGGAGGAGGUUCACACUGGAUUUCUGCUUUCACAGGCAGUGAUUAGUCACCUGUAUGAAAACUUUGACCACCCCUCAGCAUCAAUGUUGUUGGAGUCUUUAGGCGUUAAAUGUAGGGACAGUUUCUAUGGGUAGACUGUUCCAUUCCUGGUGUAGUUUGCUGUCUGACUGUAGGUUCUGGUAUCAACACAACCUUGCUGACAUACCCUAGGUCCGCAGCUGGAGUAUUUUGCCAGCAUAUUGGUGUAGAACCAUAAGAGCACUCUUAGGAUCGCCAUUAAUUUAGACGCUGUUAGUCAGAUAAAUUGUGUUUUGAACGAGUCUUAGACAAAUCAUGAUCAGCACAGUGGUUGGGAGAGUAGGUGCAAAUUCUGUAAUCAUGGGAUGAUUAGGCAAUGGAAGCAGCAGGAUUGGUACUUCUGCACCAUUUGAAAUUCUAAAGGGCUAAAACAAAGCGUGUGGUUCUGAUAUCACACCCAAUUAAGGGAGGUAUGAAUGAACACUUAACUGCCAAUUAGCUUGAAUAUAUGCAUGGCAUUUUCAGAAUGUGCAAACAUAAAAGCUUCGGAUAAUCUGACCUGUGGUACUCUUAAUCUGAAUAGUCCUGAAAUCUGCUCGCAGAUAUGAUUACAGCUGCUGGUGUCUGGUUUGUUGCCUUUGCUUGUUUGACCUUCACCCUUCUAAUUUCAGCAGGCAGCUGAGAUCCGACUUGGACUCUGCUUCUUGUACAGCUGUAGCCAGGUUCACAUGAUCCCUUGGAUUUUAAUGGAUGACUCUGUCUAAUAAUAAGACCCAGACCUUUUAGUAUUUACCCAGAUUUUAUUGAGUCCCUACCUGGACAAAUUUGUGUAGGAAUUUAUUUACUUUUGCUCUCAUUGUUUUUAUUGGAAUGUAUUUACUCCAAUCCAUUUGGUGUGUGUUUGUUUGUUUAUUAAUAUAUUUUAGGCUACCACUACAAGUGUAAUUUAUAAGCAGGCUGAAGUAAAGGGUGCUGAGCACUCUUAUGGGACAGUCUUGUGGGGUGCUGCUUUCUCUCUGUCAUGCUAGGAGAGGUUAGAGGAAAGUACCAAGAAAAGAAGAACAUUGUGUUUUACUGGUAGGGGAAAUAAUGCAGCACAAGAUUUUCAGAACGAAACGGCUUUCAGGUGAAACAAAAGAGAGUAUGGAGUGAUUACUUUAAGCACAGAAAAUCCCUUAAUUCAUGUUGAUUAAAUUAAGCUAUGCGCAGGUGUUUCUAGGAACAGAUUAAUGGUUGUCCUCAGGUACAUCCUUAGCACAGUAAGUGUGGAUAGUAAUAAUGAUCAAGAAUUAGUCGUAUCAAGACACAAAAGUGUGUUGUGGACUGCAGAAUAAGUCAUACCUGUCAGUCAACUGGGCAGACAAGUAAGAAAUCCUAUCUGGUGGGUUAGGAAAGCACUAAAGCACUUGUCUUCCUAAUAAUAGCUAUGCUCUUGAAAGCUCCUGCUUUGCAAAACCAGGUGGUGGAGUGUGGUCCUUUACUACUAAUUUUUUUUAGUUGCAGUCAAAUAGGGCAAGAGAGGGGGAAAAAAAGCUUAAUUACUUGUUUUCAACUCCAGCAUUUAGCCAGUUUUUGGUAUGUAGCAGGUUGCUUUCUGGCAGGUUGCUUCCUAAUCAUGAAUGCUUCCCCCUCUCCCCUUAUGAAAGCCUAUUUAUUUUUUCGAUUAUACAUUUUUUUUUUUUCCUGCAAUACAACAGUUCUUCUGAACUCAGUAAGAAUCAAACCCUGGAUAAUAGGUUUUUGUCCUCACUUUUGCACAGAAGCUUUCUCUCUUCGCUUUUUGACUUUGAUAUUAGUCCUUUUUUCUGGUCAUCUUUCCUCUUUGUCCGUCUGUUUCUCUCACAUGUUCAGUCACGCACAGCUCUUCCAGUUAAAAGUAUAGCCUCUGACUUUGCUGCACUGCAGCCUCAGUGAUAUCCGGGAGAUUUCUAAUUAAACUUUGCAGCGUAACAUGUCUUUGAUGACAGCACCUAAUUGUUUGAACUACCUAUUUUUAUAAAAGAAUUGACGUUUUCUACAUCUGCUGUGAAUUGAGAAGAGUGGUUACGCUCACCUGAGUCUAAAGUGGGUUUCUUUACAACAUGCGUAGCCAUAAUGAAAGAUCUCCAAAAGGUGUCCCAUUCCAGGGGGUGUUUGGCAGUGAAAUUACUUUCAUCUAAGAAUAAACCAGGAAGCAUAUUUUUGUCCUGAAAAGCAGGGACUUCUGUGUGUCUCCCAUCAUCUACACUGACAAAGCAAAAUCCAUGAAAAGGUGGAGGAGGACUUGUGUGCAUGUAUUAUCUCAUGAAGACAACCAGCUGGAGACAAAGAGGGGAGUCCCACGACUUGCUGACUUUUCCUGGAGCCACUUGUGAAUAAAGGGAAGGACCAAAUACUGUAUGGAUGAUACAUUCCUUUGAAACUGUUCCCUAGCUAUAAUCUGUCUAAAUGCUAUUUUCCUCUGGUUUUCUCCUGGGAAAGGAGGGCUUUCUUCUAUGCUGUCUGAAAAUGUCUUUAUUCUGAGUCAUAAUUGGAGAUCAGGCAGUUAUACUUGCCACCGGACAUUUGUGGUAUCAAGGCACGUUGAGGAAUGAUGAGGAUUGUCAUUGUCAGCGUAUUUAAGCCAUUGUGAAAAAGUGUAUACUUGAGAAUCACUUGUCAUUUACGAAAUGCUGUAUUGACAGAACAAUUGCUUGUGUUUCCUUUGCUUGCAAGUGAAGUAAAAUGAAUUUAUUGGCACCUGCCUAUUGGUGAUUUCAUAGGAGAAUUUUUAGAAGCCUCCUUGAUCCGUUGCUAGUUGUGAGCAUUCAGAAACUGAAGUCAGAGCAGCCUACUGCGUGUCAUCCAUCCACCUCCUUUCUAGCUGCUCUCUAUUAUGAUGACUUGUCACCAUUCACUCCGUAAUUACAUUCUCAAGGUUAUUUCCAUCUCUACUCCUGAUGUGUCCAAAGCACAUACAUUUACACCUAUUCAUUUCUGACAACCAAGUCUACUUUUCUCCAAUAAUAUAUUUAAUAUGAGCAUUUAUCAUCUUUUCUGUCCAGGAGAUAUGUAAGCGUCUUUGCUUGCACCACAUCUCAAAAGCUUCAAUUUUCUUUCUGUCACUAUCAAUAACUUCUCAGAAGUCACAUUCAAAAGUUGCUACCAGCAAAAAAUUAAGCAUUUCACUAGUCAAAUCUUUCUAUUUUUUGAGGUGAGAUGUUGGGUUUUUUUCAGGCUUUUGUAAGGGAAGCCAUAGAUGGAUGAACCAUCUUCAAAUUUUUCCAGUUUCUAUUGAACGGGUUCUGAUUGGAUAAAUCUGAUCCCAGGUAAAUGAAUUUACCAACAGUCUCUGUAGCUAGACCCUUAAGCUUGAAGUUAGCAUAUAUUCUAUAUUAAGUGAAGUUACUUUAAUUAUAGCACACUCAAGAAUAGCCUGUAUUUUUCAUUGGCUCUGUGAUACUUGCUGCACAGCAGAAGUGGUUGUGACGAAGAGCAUUAUGUCAUUAGCCUAAGGUCACCUAUAAAGGACUCCAUUUCAAAUUCAACUUUUCCGUUGAGUAAACUCUUUCCCAGUUUGAUUUUUUUUUCCCAGCCAGCCUACAAGGAAAUCUGCAGUUACCCGCAGUUGUAAUAGUAACAUAUGGCUCUUUAAGUUUGCUUGGUGCUUUUUUCAAAUAAUAAGGCAGAUUUGGGGAAUUUCUGAGUGUAUGGGACUGCUUAGAGGAAAUACCACUGAGGAAAUUGAGAAAGUUUGGUAAUAUAUUUAGCCCAUGGCAGCUACUGACUGGAGGGAAGACAGUAUGAGCAGAGUCUCUCCCUCUACCCCGCAAAAUGAGAACCAUCCUAUGAUCUAGUAAAAAAUGAGAACGCGUGGUACUAACAAAUUCUGAUUGAGAGACUCUUUAGUAAAAAGUAUUGAUUUUAUUUGUGAUGCUGCUGUUCCUGAUUCUUUCACAGGUAUAUUGUCUGCUGCUGGCAGUAAAGAAAAGAAUGAUGUGAAACUUUACAAAUGAAUAUGAACUUGGAAUUUAUGGUCAAAGAAAGAUGUUUGAUGAAUGGACGUGCAGUCUCAGAGCUGUACGGUAAUGAUGGGGUCAUUUCAUGGUGAUGGAUAGCUCUGGACACUUUAUCCUUACAAUUCUACUUCAGUAAACAUAUUGGAUGUUUGUGUCCACGCAUCAGCCAGCAUGAGAGAGGAGCACGCUGACAGCACAGUGAGCAAGCAGCAGGGAAUACUGAGUAUCAGUGGAAGAGGAUUUUCCUAAAUUCAGGAUAUGUGGCUGCAGAGAAGGCUUGUCCCUUGGCCCACUGCCGGAUACGAGAAAUGGGAACACAAGAAAAAGGUUUUCUUUGCCUAAUUCCCCACAUGAUGGAACAGAUCUCUUCUUGACAGGCAUGGAUAUGUAAACCUUUUCAAGAUGCUUAAGACCUGUGGUGAAGAACCAAGUGGAAUGACAAAAGGGAGCAUCCACAUCUGCUGACGUCUAAUUUCUAUGUUUGAAAGUAUGGUUUCCUGACAGAAGAGUACAUUAUAUUUUUUAACAGCAGAUUUUUAUUAAAUGUGCCAUCAGUGGUGGUUUUGGAAAGAUGAGAAGGGACCUACUGCGGGGCAACUCAGUAAAGCUAAAAAUGUCUGCUAUUUCUGUUAUGCAUAUCCCAGUUACAAGAGAUUUUUGGUGAUUUCUGAGCUUGGUGGUGUCAGCCUCAUGUGAAGAAGCUAAAACGAAAAGCAAGUGGAUUUUUUAGAAAAUAAAAUGCCGCGGAGAAGGAAAACUGGUGGGAGCCCUUCACGGAAGAAUGGCAAUUCUGACAGAACUGCUUUUGGUGUGUUCCAAGGGGACCCAGGCCGCUCAGUGUCACUAGCAGUGCAGAGUGUCAAUAAGGAAGAGCUCUUCAACGGCAUGUCAGAGAUGUUUUCUGACCUAGAUCCUAGUGUGGUUUAUAUGGUUCUGUCUGAAUGUGAUUUUAAAGUAGAAAACGCUAUGGAUUAUCUGCUAGAGCUGUCCACCCAUGCCAAAGGAGUAGCAUCAUCAAAAACUAUGGGUUUUGAUUCAGUAGCAUCAUCGCCAGCCCUUGUUAAUCAGCAAAGAUCUGUUGUAAAUGAAAGAAUGGGGGAAAGUACUGCAGAACAAAGUAAUUCUGAAGAAGAAAAAGAAAAGGUGCUAUCACCUGAUAUGCAGCUGACUGAAGAACUGGAUUCCUUAAUAGAAAAUGCCGUUCAGAGAUACAGCUCGAGUGAUGAAUUGCCUAAUUCUGCAAAUGACCAAAUAGUAUAUGAGCACUCUGUGGAACACGAUGGCUUUAAUGAAUUUCCUGAGUGGGAAAAAUCUGAUUCAGCUUGUGAUGUCCUACUUUUUCCACAGCAAACAGGGACGAAUAAUGAGCUUUUAGAAAACUUUUGCUGUCCUCAGCCACCAGUGAGUCAGCUGAGCAUCCAGAGAAGCUCACCAGCUGCACCAGACACUGUUGCACAGAUAUUGGAAGAUUCUGAUUUGUCAGAAAUACAUGUUUCGUGUGAUGUAGCUUCAGAAGUCUGUAAACAAUCGAAUGGAGAAGUAUCAUGUGGAAAUUCUGAACAGACACAAGAUACUGUUUUGGAUCAAAAAAUUCUGACUUCUGCUUCUGGCGAAUCCUCCCAAAGCCCUCUGGAACUUGGAGUAGCUGUCACUGGAAAUCCUAAUUCAGGGUACCUGGAACAGCAUGAAGAGGUAGUGACUGUCUUUAACAGCCAGCAAAGCACUUGUCUUCCAGAGGCAUAUGUCUCUCUUGAAACAUCCAGUUUCAAAACACCAGAACCUGCAGAUUUUCAGCAAACUCAGCAGGGUUGCAACUUAAAUUGUUCUACACCGUCCUGUCAACCUCAACAACAUUGGAAUCUUAUGGCUCCCACGUUUUAUCCAUCCAGUGGAAGUCACAGCUUUGUAACUCCUGUGGCUGUCAGUCCAGGGCAGUGGAGACCUGUUUCAGACUAUAAGAGUUUGGAAAAAGGACUUUUUUUUUCCUCUCCAGUGGUUUCAAAUGCCUGGGAUAGCAACCCUUCUCUGAAGGUAUGGGGAAAUCAAGAUAGAAACUCAAAAUUGAACCUCUCGCAAGCACAGCAGCCACCUGUUUGUCACAUGAUGAGAAAAAAGAUGCACCUUAUAGGUCAAGUACUUGUUCUUCUCAGAGGUGUUCCAGGAUCAGGAAAAUCAUAUUUGGCAAGGGCUUUGCUUGAGGAUAACCCAGAUGGAAUCAUUCUUAGUACUGAUGAUUACUUCUAUAAACAUGGACAAUACCAUUAUGAUCCCGAUUGCUUAGGGGAAGCACAUGACUGGAACAGGAAACGAGCCAAAGAAGCAUUUGAAAUGAGAAUCUCUCCUAUAAUAAUAGACAACACCAACAUACAAGCGUGGGAGAUGAAGCCCUAUGUUACUUUGGCUCAGCAGUUCAAAUACAAAGUCAUGUUCCGAGAACCAGACACUUGGUGGAAGUUUAAACCAAAAGAACUUGAAAGGCGAAACAUUCAUGGUGUAUCUAAAGAAAAGAUCAAAAGAAUGUUGGAACGAUAUGAACGCUGUCUUAGUGUUAGUUCAAUAUUGAAUUCUUCAGUCCCAGACAAAUCAGAAGCUGCUGGCUGGAGUGAAGAUCCUUGUCAGGAGGAAAACCACAGAAAGAGAGAGACACAUUCUGAUGUAAAGGAAGACAAACCAUUUGCUUCUGAUGUGCAACCUCUUGAGUUAGCAGAAGAUGAUAAAACUUUUCCUAGUACUUCUCUAACAUCAGAAAAUAACUGUGAUCCUGAAUAUUAUCAGAAAGAGGAAAAAGAAAUGGAAGAUAACUCAGUGGAACACAAUUCUGAGACCAGCACUGUUCAAGAUGACUUGGAUGUUUAUUUACCAGAUCACUUAGAAAAAGAACUGCCCUUGGAGAAGAAAGAAGAAAAGGGAGAAAAUCCAGAAAAAAAUACUGAAACCAAAAUUGAUGAGGUUGAUGUGGCCAUGACUGAAGAGACUGUGUGCUUGCAUACAGGGGGACUCGAGGGACACAGUGAUAAUGACAUUCUCAAAGUCCAAACUGAAGGUGAACAAUCUGGCGAAAUAUGUACAGAACCAAAAUCAACACAAAGCAGUAACGUAGUAGAACCAAGCAGUUCAGCUUUUGACACGUCAGGAAAACCAGAACUACUAAAUUUUCUGGGUGACUGGCCUGUAGAACAAACAAUGGGACAGCGAGUCAAAAGAGCUAGAAGACUAGAAAAAUCUUCUCUGAAGAAUGAUAAGGAAGGUAACGCUCCCAGUCAGCAGCAUCCUGGAUUAGGUAAAGAGCAAGUGGGCCUGCCUGGGACCGAUACUGUUGAAAAAGGACCUGAGGAAGAAAAUUUAGCCUCUAGCUGUUCCUCUCUUAGUUCGGAUAAAGUUACACCAGAAUUGCAAAUGAUAGGACAUUGGCCUAUCUCGUUAGAACAGAGACAACAAAGAUCAAGGAGAAUGAGAAAGACAAGUCCAAAUCAGUCUGAUGAAGGUAGAAAUACUGAGGAUGACGUUAAUAGAAAUGCUCUUGAGACUGUAGAUGUGCUUCGUGGGACCCCUGUGAACGCUGCAGAGCAACCGGACACACAGAAUUUGCAUAUGCGCCAAGCUGAAAGAGUAGCUAGUGAAACAGUAGGUGAGAAAAAACCCCAGCAAAAUAAGAGAAUGAGGAAACAUCACAAAUUAGCCCUCACUUUUACAAACAACAAUUUGCCCCAUCCCAAAGACGAGGAACACUUGUCUGUGCUUAACACAGCUGAAGAGAAAUACGACACAUGCUCAUGUAGACAGAAAAGUAGCUGUUCACAGACUGAAUCACAGGACUUUGCUCUCCUGUGGAGAUUAGAAAAGAAAAUGCUUUUUCCUGAGACUACCAAAGUAUUGUAUGGCAGACUAGAUGGCUUCAAACCCAAAGAUGUAGAUAAUGCCUCAGAUUCUCAGGAAAAAAUACCCUAUCGAGUUAUGUAUGAUAAAAGUACAUUUGUGGAAGAAAGCGAACUUAUCAAUAUUGAUGAGUCUGAAAAUCUAAAUAUGCUAUGUAAGCUCUUUGAGUCGGUUUCAUUUGAAGCUCUGAAAGAUCUUUAUGAAAGAUGUAACAAAGACAUAGACUGGGCCACAGGCCUGCUGUUAGACUCUGAUGAAAAGUUAUGCAAAGAUGUUGAUGCUGGAUGCUUUCAAGUAAGAGAAGCUGAGCCAGUUGUUGCAGACCUCGAUUUCAAGGCAAGUACAAACUAUAGUGAGAAUCUCAAAGACUCCGAACAAACACCACAAAUAACUGUGGCUGGUGAUAUCUCUGAGCCUUCAGAAGACAAGAGCUCAUCGCUCAGUAUUGCAGAAAGUAGGACUACUGAUGCAACUGUGACAGAUGCUGAUGUGUCUGACUUGAUGACUGCUGCCUCAUUGAAUGAUUCGGCAGAACUGAAAAAUUCUGGAGAUGCAGCCCCUACAACUGACGAGGGUGGCUCAGCAGCAGGUAGCAGUGAGCCAUCCUGUUCAGCAAAGCCGAAGGUAGAGUCUGAGAGUCCUGAUGAAGAUAAGCCAUCAGUUUCACAACUUGAUGCAGAUUUAUGUACACCCAUGACUUUGCCUCAUGGUCCUAACGCAACAUCGACCGAUUUGAAAUUUGAAUUAAAUAACAAAAGUGACAGUAACCUUUCAGAAAGCAAUGCAGAGAAUUCCAAAAUGACUGCUUCAUUACUGGAAAUGGAUCAUGCACCUCUAAUGGGUCCUAGAAGCGAUAAAGAACUGCAGACAGAUAAAGAAACCCAGGGGAGUUCCAGGGAGAUAUGUUGUAAAGAAGAAAUUGGAACUCCAAGUGGGGAUGAAACUAAAGCCAAGAUGGAAAAACCUACACCAGCAUCACGUGCAGCCUUCAAUAUAGAUUGCCUAGAACUACGAUUAGCUCCUGAACUGGCACUCCAGUUGAAAGAAAUAUUUGGCCCUGUUGGUAUUGACGCAGGAUCACUAACUGGUGAGGACUGUGUGGUUCAUAUUGAUCUGAAUUUGGCAAGAGUGAUUCAUGAAAAAUGGAAAGAAUCUAUUCUGAAGCGUCAGAGGACAGAUGAAUCAUGUCCUCCUGUGAUUCAACAGAUAGAUACAGAUGACUCAGAAAUGCUGUUAUCUCAGAAUGCAGACAGUAAAAUACAGAAGAAAAAAAUGGGCUGGGUUUCAGGCUCAUCUAAUGACAUACAGACUAAAAAACCAGCAACGUCAGAUGUUUUUCCUUUUAUGGAUCACUGGAAUGCUCAGAUUCAGAAAGUUUCUCUCAGACAAAUAAUUUCUGAAGAAAUAGCUAUGCAGGAGAAACAGGACCUGAUCACGGCGCAUUUCACUAUACAGAAUCGUGUUCCUUCUAUGGCUAGAAAAGACUGUGCUGCUAAACUAAAGGAGAAGCAACUUUUUGAGAUGUUUCCAACUAUCAAUCAAAAUUUCUUAAUGGAUGUCUUCAGGGACAACAACUACUCUUUAGAACAAACCGAACAGUUUCUGAACUGUGUUCUGGAGGCAGAUCCUGUAAAAACAGUUAUAGCUCAAGAAGGUGCUCAGCAAAAUGAAAUUGUUUCUUCCUACAGCGCUGCAAAGAACCGAGAGAAGAAGGCAAAAAAAAGUAAGGAAGAGGACGAUCCUUUGAGUGAAGCAUUUCAAGAUUUUGAGUAUCCACAAUACGAUGAUCUAAGAGCAGAAGCUUUUUGUCACCAGCAAAAGAGACAGGAAUGUUUGAAAAAGGCUGGGGAGGCCUAUCGCAUGGGUAUGAAGCCUGUGGCAGCAUUUUAUGCACAUCAGGGUCGUCUUCAUGAGCAGAAGAUGAAAGAAGCCAACCAUGCUGCUGCUGUGCAAAUCUUUGAGAAAGUAAAUACUUCCUUGCUCCCUAUGAAUGUGUUGGAUCUGCAUGGUCUCCAUGUGGAUGAAGCUGUGAAUCACUUGUCCAGAGUGCUGCAGGAAAAAAGUGAAGAGUACCAGCAGGCCGGCGGUAAACCAUAUCUCUGUGUUAUCACGGGAAGAGGAAGCCAUAGUCAGGGAGGAGUUGCUCGCAUCAGACCAGCAGCUAUCAGAUACCUCACAAGCCACAACUUCAGGUUCACAGAAAUAAAACCAGGCUGCCUGAAAGUCAUGCUGAAUUGAAGGGUUGUCGAGAAGAACAGAGGAAUAUAGAGACUGAGGUGUGAGAUUACAGCUAAAAACUUUUCAAACAACUGCAGUAGUAUUUUGUAAUCUGUUUUAAAGGAUGAUAUUUUGUUAGAAAUGGUCUCAAUUUAGAGCAAGUGGUUUUGUCAGUAUGUUUCCAAGAAAAUGCUUUUUGUGGAAUGGAUCCUUUUUUGAACCUGCAAAAAGAAGACGCAGCAUUUGAAGUCUCAGAAAUGCAUAUUAAGAAUUCUGCUGAGCAGUAUAUGCUGUUUUAAAGGGAAGUUAAGGUACAAUUUUUAAAUAUAACUGUCUUCUCAGCGUACCCAGUAUAUGUCUUUUGACCCUCACACAUUUUAACUGCUGUGGAUUCUAUGCUUCUAAAUUGUAAUACCUUGUACAAAGUUAUUUUGUGAUUCAGAACUUUGUGCUAAACCCUUCAGAAGAGCACAAGGGAGAUGGGAACAUGGCAACUAUGGAUAUUUCAAAUCCAGUUACAGCUGAGUGCUAAAUAUUUCCAGGUUUCUUCAAAAGUCUGAUGUAGUCUUUUUUUGGUGGUGGUUUUGUGAUGGGUUGAGCAGUUCUAUCAUCAUUAUUCUAUUCUAAACUUCUCCUGAUAACAGUGGAAGUUGUAUAUAAGGGACUGUGCGUUAAGACCAGCUGUGUGUUUGGUAAUUCUGCAGGCUUACUGUGAUCUAUUAAAGUGAAAAAUACAACACUAUAGUUCAGUCUUUACUUACACAUAGCUCAUACUGUAAUUUUGCAGGAAAUGCCCGUACUUUUUUUCAAUACUUACUCGAUUAAAAGUGUUUCUUUCUCUAUGGCUUUUUAAAUGAAGCAAAGUGAGUUCUGUUUCACUUUAUAGGUGUCUGAUAGUGAUGUGUCUUCAUUCUGUCUGUAUUAAAUUUGGUGAUGUUCUUGUAGAAAAUAUGAUUGUCUGUGAGACAUUUAAAAUGUAUUUUUAACAUCAGAGUGAAUGCUAAUACUACAGUAGUAAUUGCCGAACUGGAAAGUCUGGGAGUGCAAAAGUUACUCUGGUGGUGGUGGUGUUGCAUCAGCAUCUAGAAAUACCUGUGUAAAAACCAAACCAACAAAAACCCCCAAACAACCCCCCCACCCACCUCCCAGAAAUAUAAACAUCUUUACUUUGGCAAGUACUUCCAGUAAGCUAUCAGAACAUUUUUUUAAUAGAAAUAUCUUCUGCAAUGCAUUACUACUUUUAUUUACAUCUUUGCUUCUUGAAAGGCGUAAAAAUUUUUGUUGUAAGGCUUUUUCAGAACAGGUAUCAGUUCUCUGUUAGGAAUAAUGUUAAUAGGUUAAGGAUUAAUGGGAGGGGGUUUUUCUUUCAUUUUAAAACACUUUUGCAGUAAAUUUUACCCAGGAAUUACAUGCACAUAGAAUUUGUGUAUGAAUCCAUAUGUGUGUGCAAGUUCUGCCAUUUGUGUGCAUGGGUAGUAAUAAGCAAGGAACUUCUGUGAGAAAAGCUGUGCACAGAAAUAGGUUUCACUUGAAAAUGUGUCUGUGUAAGUUGCUGACAAACUGAAAGACAUGAUGUCUCCUGAAUAUCCAUAUUUACUGUAAUAUAUACACAGUGAAUGCAAUGUACGGUAGACUUAAAAAUGAGUUUGUCAUGCUUCAACAGAUACAGCAAUCUUUUCAUGGUGAUUUCAAGCGGAAGAAUAGCUUGAACAAUAUUUAAUCAAAAGGACUCUUACUGGAAUAACAGACUGUCAUAAUAAGUUUUAUAUUUUUUUUGUAGGUACUUAGUUCAUUUGAAUUGUGUCUCUUCUCUUUUUUCUUUCUCUCUGGGCUGCUCUGGUAACCAGUGGGUGAAACACAAAAGAUCUGUGCUCCCCAAACAGCACUAGGAGAGUGUCCUGUGUGGUGAAGGCCAUGCUCCAUCCUCUGUGACAAUGCCUACAAUAGACUGAGAUGUUAUUUAGGCACUUGGACUUGAGACGAUCAGCUGUGCAGGGUGACAGAUGCUAGGGUUGCCUCAGCAGAGCUAGGAUCUUUCUUUUGGACGAAGGAACUCCUUUCUGCUCCUGAGCAGGAUUUCCUUAGUGCUGCUGUUUAUAACCAAUGGAGGGGUAGCUUUUUAAAACGUUGUCCCAGGUGGCUGAGUUCCCCAGCAAAGGGCCCAGUGUAUGCUCAGAAGUGUUGCACAUUGAGCUGCUGGGUGGCCAAAUCCUACAGAGCUGUGCUUGUAAACAGGGAAGCUUACAAGGUUGUUCUGGGAGGUGGCCUGAUUCACUCAGCAUGUUCACACCCUUCCCAUCAUGGACAAACACAGCUUAGAUUUCAGUUCAAAAGACAAGCAGAAAAAGUUAUGGUCUUGCCCCAUCUGUUCAUCAUAAUCUAGUUGUUGACAAGUUUACCCUGGAGAUAAGAAACACAGCUUUUUUUCUUCUUCUGGCUUAGCAAGGGGAUGAUGAUUGCACUUGACUCAAAUUUCCCCAGAAAAUGCUCUGACCAGUGGGCUCAGGGGCCUCUUUCAAAAUCGCCACUUCAAGAUAGAAAUGCAAGACCAAGGGGACAAAAGAGAUGAAGGAAUAAAAAGUACAUAAACGAUCUCUGGAAAAGGGUUAGGACUUGUCAGAAGUGAGCAGAAAAUCAGUGCACAGAGAGAAAGUAGACUUUUAUUGGUAAGGGUCUCCAUGCCUUCAGCUACUUGCCAAAUGGUCCAGAAAAAAAAUCCACUGGACUUCUUGUAUUUCUUUGAUUGUUUUUAUAAUGUAUAGUGGGAUUAAUCAUAUCAAAUAUAAUUGUUUCAAAAUGGUAUUUCAAAGUAGGUUGCACGUUAGAAUUUCCAUCUUCUCUGAUGUUUUUUGCAGUUACAUCAGUGAGAAUCCUGAGGUAUCUUGUAAAUUCUGUAUCAUCAUAUACUUUUGAUUAAAGCAGUGCUUAGCAGUAUUGCCAUCAGCACUCUGAAUAAUGUGUGACAAAAUACCUAUUUUGUGUACUACUUUUUAUUCUAUUCUUCAACAGCAUGUGGUUGUGAUGACUGGUAGCCUUUAAUAUGUGACUUUUGCUUGCUUUUUUGCAAAACAUUUUAACAUUUAACCCAAUUUUUAAUUUAGGAAAACUAUGUUUCUUUUUAAUACAAAAUGUAAUGCUUGUGCAAGCAUUGAUGGAUGUUCUUACAGUAAAGAACAAAAAACGGCCCAGAGGUGCAAUGAAGAACGUUAUUCACCUGAGUAAUGUGGGUGUUUAAAAAUAUAUUUCUGCUGAUUGUGAAAGUAGUAAGGCAAAAGUGAUUUUUUUUU